AGAAUCCAGCACACCUUUUGCAUUUGACUCCCUUGUAUAGUAAAGUAAUUUUAAUCCCGCUCUCAUUGUCAAAGAUGGGAUUGUUGGGAGCCAUAUGCUUUUCUUUAGCUUUGAUACUUCACAUUGCAGAAGGAUGCAACAUCGUGUCAGCAAGUCCAUCAAGUGCCUCAUCAAUUUUGGUAAAAUGGAAGGAAUAUCCUGGAACAACGAACUAUGUUUUGGACCUUCGGGAGAAAAACUCUCCACAGUCUGCACCAAUUAUAACGUCCAUAUCCGGAUCCCAGACUGAGAGGAACAUCUUUGGUCUAAAACUAGGAACUGAGUAUAAUGUGACUGUCAAAGCUUUUGUCUUCUUCAGUGUGGCGUGUGUUAAUUCCACUCUGGCUUCCACAGUCCCUGACACAUCACAGAUAGUUGAAGGGCGAGCACUAUCAAGUACUUCAAUCAAAGUAACAUGGACAACAGUGCCUUCAGCACAGAAAUACUAUCUAGAGGUGUACUCUCAGACCACUGGAACCGUGAUGAACUUUACAUACACCAACACCACAGCUGUGGUAACAAACCUGCAGCAUUCCUCCAACUAUGACUGCUAUGUCUACACAGUUAACCAGGCAGGCCUGGGAAGCAGAAGCAAAGUGAAGACCAUCACAACCUUGGUGCAGCCUCCAGUCGGUAUUACUGCAACACAGACUAACCAGGUUACGGCAAGAAUAACGUGGGAGCCUGUGAAUAGGGUCCUUUUAUACCAUGUCAGGAUUCGCAACCUAGAUGAUCCCAGCAGUCAACCCUCUUCAUACAAUGUCUCAGACACCAAGCUGGAUGUUCAAGGCAUCCUCCCAUGCUCCACCUAUCUGAUAUCAGUGUUCUCAUACAGCAUGUUCUUGGUGCCGAGCGAGCCCACGGACUACACAUACACCACCAACAAGCUGACACCUGUUUCAUCGGUAUCAGUGGACUACAGCUGUACCACUAACUCUGUCACCGUGUCUUGGCCGGCUGCUUCGGGGGCCACGUCCUACAGGGCCGUGGCAGUUGGCAGUAAUGGCACACAGCUGGAAUGCACCAGCCAAAGCACCAACUGUCCGAUUAAAGAACUGAGCUGUGGCCAGGAAUACAAGGUGUAUGUAACGCCCAUGUCAGACAAAUGCAAGAACUUCAUCCACAACACCUCAGCUUCUUUUAAUACUGCCCCUUGUCCUCCAGCCAACCCGAUGUUGUUGCGGGACUGCGACACUGAUGUCAUCAUUUUUUCAUGGAAUCAGACAAACGAAGUAAACCACUACUUAGCCAGGGCAGUCGACUCCAAGGGAAUGGUCAGGCAAUGCAUGACUCAAGGAAACAAUUGUUAUUUCACAAAUACAUUCUGUGGACGGUACUACUCCUUCACAGUUCAAUCUGUGUCUGGGAGUUGCUCAAGUGGCUUCAGCUCUCCUGUUGGCGUUCGCACAGCACCCUGCAUUCCGCAGAAUCUGGAAACAGUAGCCGACUGCAGCGUUGACAGUUUGCUCAGCAAGUGGGACAAUGCUGAGGGGGCACUGUACUACACCGUGGCAGCUGUGGGCAACUACAGAAACAGCAGCUACAACUGCAGCUCAGUGUCCAACAGCUGUGUUAUGAAGGGCGUCAAGUGUGGAGACCAUCUGACCGUCACCAUCAGAUCUUUUGACAAUGACUGUCCCAGUCCAACAGUGCUGGGGCCACCGGCUGAGACAACCCCAUGCACUCCCCAGAACAUCUCAGCAGAGAGAAAUUGUGCAAAAGACUCCAUCUCUGUGAAGUGGGAGAUGAGCAACCCAGCACUUUUCUAUGUUGCAAUGGCAAAGGACAGCAAUGGGGUCAUUUAUAGCUGCAACUCCGUGGAUAUGUUGUGUACGAUCAGUGGCUUGAAGUGCAGCACCAGCUACAAAGUCUAUGUUAUUGCCUCCAACUUCAUGUGCAACAGCUCUGAGAGUGACAUGUUUACCAUAGAGACAGUUCCCUGCCCACCAAAUAACCUCACUGCCACCCUGGACUGUGCAGCCAAUGAGGCUCUGAUUUCGUGGCAUGGAAGUGUGAGUUCCUACACUGCUACCAUUAUAGAUUCAAGUCAGCGACUUUUAAGCUGCAGUUCCACUGCAACCAACUGCAAAAUACCUAACCUGAAAUGUGGCGAGCUCUACACUGUGACUGUCAGCCAGCAUGACGGCAACUGCUCCAGCAUGCCCUCUACGCACAUCUACAUGGAGUCUGUUCCUUGUGGGCCAGCCAGCGCAAGUGCCAGGGUGGACUGUGCAUCAGGCAAUGUGACAAUAAGCUGGAAUGCAUCCCAAAAUGCAGAACGUUAUAUCGUCAAAAUCUCAAACGGCACCAUGCCGUUGACGUAUAACACCACACAGACAAACCUGGCAGUCCACACACUGGAGUGUGGCCAGGAGUACACAGUGAAUUUGAUGUCCUUCAAUGGCAGCUGCGUCAGUCGUCCUUCAGAGUUAUAUUUCAGGGAAGUUCCAUGUGUACCCACUAACGUUGAAACAAGGAGAAGCUGCAGCCAGAAUUUUGUGGACGUCAUGUGGCAAGCAAGUCGGGGUGCCAUAAACUACACUGCUACUGCUCUGGAUGCAGAUGGCAGUUACUUAAAGUGUACAUCCAAUGAGACAUCGUGCAGGCUGGUCGAUGUAAUGUGUGGACAUGUGUAUAAUAUCAGUGUGGUUGCUGUGGACAACACGUGCACCAGCAUGAAGAGCCGCACAUUGCAACUACAGAUAGAGCCCUGCUCACCCUCUCAGCUGACCGUCUCAGUGAACUGUAGCAGUAACUCUGCCAAGUUAGCCUGGCAGAGGAGCCCCAAUGCAUUGUCUUAUACUGGCAAAGCCAUAACCGCAGACGGUCACAAUGUGACCUGUUCCACAACGACAGAACUCAGUUGUAAUUUGGAGGGUCUGCAGUGUGGAAAGAUGUAUAACUUCACUGUGUCAGCUUCAGAUUAUUACUGUCAGAGUCCAGACAGCAAGCCAGUCAUCCAUACAACUGCCCCAUGUACUGUGCAGAAUAUGCUGACCACUCUUAACUGUACCACCAACAUACUGACCAUCAGCUGGACACCGGGAUCCAUGCCAGUGAACUACAGCACCACAGCGGUGAUGACAAAUGGCACUACACUUCGCUGCGUCACGCAGAGUUCUAGCUGUAGGAUGCCUGAGUUACAGUGUGGACAGCAGUACAGUGUGAGAGUCAAGCCCAUCAGCAGCACAUGUGAAGGACCCAGCAGUGUCCCGGAGCUUGUAAAUUCAGUUCCCUGUGUUCCUGUGAACAUCCAAACCCUGGUGGAAUGUUCCACUAACAGAGUGUGGGGAUCCUGGGAUGCAGCUCCUGGGGCAAUGUACUACAUCUCCACACUGAAAGGAGCAGGAGGUUUCUCUACAUCCUGUCAAACAGCUAACCAAAGAUGCCUCUUCUCUGGUCUGCAGUGUGCUCAGACAUACAUGUUCAGUGUGAUGGCCUCCAACAACAGGUGUAACAGCUCAAACAGCGUCAUGGACACAGCAACAACUGCACCCUGUGACCCUACAAACGUGGCUGCUACUCUGAACUGCCUCUCUGAUGUGGUGACGGUUACUUGGAGGGCCAGCGCCGGCGCAAAUUAUUACACAAUCCUGGCUGAGGCCAGUGGACAUGUCGACUCCUGUAAUUCCACUGGUACUUCCUGUGAGCUAACCAAGAUGCAGUGUGGGAAUGACUACACUGUGACUGUUCUGGCAGGGGACACAAAGUGCAACAGCUCCAUAUUUGCUAAAACCAACAUUACAACAGCUCCCUGUGCUCCAGUAAUCCAAGACCACUCACUGAACUGUAGCUCCAACCAAGCUUUGGUCACCUGGGUUAAGGAUGAGGAUGCCAUGACUGUCAUGGUCAAUGCAACCUCCAGUAUGGGAUAUAUGCAGUCGUGCAGCUCAUCUUCCAACAACAGCUGUGUCCUGGAUCUGCUGUGUGGAAACACUUACACUGUAAAGGCUGUCGCAAAAGGACCUCAGUGUCAGAGCAAACCCAGCUCUGCUUUUCAGAUUGUUACAGCACCCUGUACCCCUGCAAACGUGGAGUACCAAUACUCCUGUGACACUGGCAUUGCUUUUGUGAGUUGGGAUGAGACUUUGGGCAGGAAAAGAUUCUAUGUGCAUGCUCAGUCUGGAAAUCUCACAGCCUCCUGCAGCACCAGCCAGACUGACUGCUCCCUGCCCACGCUGCUUUGUAGUCGCACAUACAGUGUAAAAGUAGUAGCUCUGGCUGACUCCUGCAACAGCAGCGUGCCCGGCGUAACGACUAUACAGACAGCCCCUUGUGCUCCAGUGAACAUCAGUGCUUCCCUGCUGUGUGACAACAACACUGCGGCAGUGAGCUGGCAACACAGUCCUAGUGCAGUGUCCUACAGUGUGAAGGCAGUUGGCAGAGACGGCGACCUCAAAAGGUGUGCCACAAACAGCACAAGUUGCCUGCUACCCAACAUGCACUGCUCUCAAACCUACAUUAUCACCGUCACUCCCUUCUCUAUGCGCUGCGAAGGCAGAGAGAGUUUCCCAUACACCUACAAUGCAGGUUCCUGCCCUCCCACCAACGUCCACAUGUCUCUGCAGUGCGAUGGAAAUGUGGGCCGUGUGACCUGGGACCCUGCCCUUCGAGCAGAUCUCUACUUGGCCACAACCGCACCUUCUCUCACGGACAAACACAUCCACAACUGCUCAUCCAAUGGAACAAGCUGCUCCCUUACAGACCUCCACUGCGGAGAAACAGUCGUUGUCACUGUUGUCACCAUAGAGAGAGGCUGCACGAGCCAACCCAGCGUACCAUUCACCUUACAAACAGUCAUCUGCCCACCCACUGGUGUGACUGGAGUGACAAAUUGCAGAAACAAUGACAUCACAGUAAGCUGGGACCCAAGUCCAGAAAGCGGAGUGACCUACUUCAUCUACUCCCAAGGAAACAGCGGGAUCGCUUAUAACUACUCCACAACUCAGACUUUCUAUGUGAUGAAUGGGCUGCAGUGUGGACAAGCAUAUAUGCUCUCAGUGGCUGCCCAGGACCCUGACUGCACCAGUCUCUUGAGCAAGCAGAUAGAAACUGAGACAGUUCCAUGUCCUCCAACCAACCUGACUGUCAAAACUGAAUGUGCCACAAACUUAGCGAUUCUGAAGUGGGCACCGAGUAGACAUGCCAUCUCUUACACAGCCACAUUAACUGGUACCCACGGCCACUUAGUUUCCUGUGGUACCAACAAAACAACCUGCUCAUUGAAGGUGGAUUGUGCAAAGCAGUACUCAGCUUUUGUGGUUGCUUCCAGUGCAACAUGCAACAGCAGUAAAUCAGAUAAUCUAACUUUUGUCUCAGCCCCUUGUCUGCCUGACAGGGUACAAGCAGAGCUGGACUGCAAUGCUAACACCUUUGCAGUGGAGUGGAGGGGAAGCCUUGGGGACAUUGAUUACACUGCAAUCGCCAUCGGCAGCGACAAGACACGGAGAACUUGCAACUCUAGUAGCACCAACUGCGUCAUCCAGAACCUAACUUGUGGCCUCAUUUACAGCAUUGUCGUCACAACCUCGUCAAUCGACUGCGGCUUCAUUGAAGGCUCCAACUAUGAGAUACAGUCAGCCCCCUGUAAGCCAAACAGCGUGAUGGUGAAUUUGCAGUGCAGAACAAACAUGGCGACUGUCAGCUGGGCAAACUCAGGCCCAGACCAACUGCAGGUGGUGUCAGCGAGGGACAGCAGAGGAACAGUCACCACCUGCAACUCCACCAGCUCCAACUGCACCUUCAGUCAACUUAAGUGCGGGGAGAUAUAUGCCAUCAGUGUGGUCGGUCUCACAAGCAACUGCAGCAGUGAACUGGCUUUUGCCCAAAGACUCAACACGGCUCCAUGCAUUCCCACACACGUCACAGCAAGAGUGGACUGCAACACCGGCAUCACUGCAGUCACAUGGGAUGCUGCGCUGGGUGCCACAUCUUACACUGUCUAUGCUCGGGGCAGUCUGGGCUACAAUGCUCAGUGUAACAACACCGACACCAACUGUGACUUCCUUAACCUGGCCUGUGGACAAGACUACAACAUCACAGUGGUGGCUCGCCAUAACACCUGUGUCAGCAUGGUCAGCGAGACUGUCAAGACCACCACAGGUCCUUGUCCCCACAGUGGUCUGAGAACAUCCCUGGACUGCAACACCAACACAGCUGUGGUAUCUUGGACUACAGGAAUUGGCAUCCUCUACUACAAUGCCACAGCUCAAGCCUUCGGCUCCAUAGACAAGCAGACCUGCUCUACAAAUGGCUCCUCCUGUAAUAUCAGUUCUCUGCAGUGUGGGGAAAGCUACAAAGUGAGCGUCAGUGGGCAGGGACUAUACUGCAGCAGUCCUGCUCAGGACUGGCAGAGAGUGAACACAGCUCCCUGCCCUCCCACUCAGCUGAUGGUGAACUCUUCAUGCAAAUCAAACAACAUCUCAGUGUCCUGGCAGGCCUCUCAAGGCUCAGUCUCCUACAUGGCAGUGGCUGAAAAUGAACAGGGCCGCCGGUGGUCGUGUAACACCAGCAGCACCAGCUGCCAAAUAUCUGGUCUGCUCUGUGGGCAACAGUACAAUGUCUACGUUGUCGGUAUUGAUGACAAGUGUACUGGAGCCAAGAGUGACAUGAAGAAGAUUCGCACUGCUCCGUGUGUGCCACAGAACAUACAGAACCAUCUGGACUGCCUGUCUGGUGUCCUGAACAUUACCUGGCAGUCGACAGGUUACUUUUUGAACUUCCGCGCCUCUGUGGUGAACAGCAAAGGUCAAAAGAGCAUUUGCACAACUCCUACGCAUUACUGCGUUGUACAGAACAUGCAGUGUGGGCAGACCUACAAUGUUACAGUGGUGGCCCAAGAUGAAGCUUGCAACAGUUCCCAUAGCCCCACAGAGCAGGUCUCUACAGCUCCCUGCCCUCCCUCACCCUUCCUUUCUAAUGUGAACUGUGGCACUGGCGUCGUAUCUGUCACCUGGAACAAUAGUGUGGCAGGGGUGGUGUAUACAGUGUCUGCUGCAGAUGCCAAAGGUGCCAGACACAACUGCAGUAGCACAAACAACGGCUGUAAUCUCAGCACACUGGCGUGCGGGAUGCAGUACAAUGUCACAAUCACACCAUCCAGGAAUGAAUGUGUGGGCAAAGACAGCCAAACUAAAAUGGUCAAAACAGUUCCUUGCGUACCCCAGCUGUCAGACGUGGAGAUCGACUGCUUGACGAACUCAGCGUGGGUGAUGUAUAACGAGUCUGCCGGGGCCAAAGAAUAUGUUGUGGUGGCAACAGACACCAGGGGUGCUGUUCAGACAUUUGAUUGUAACUCCACGUCAGAUGGGAUGUGUUCUCUGCCACCGCUUACAUGCAGCCAGAAUCUCACCAUUACCCUGAAGGCCAAGGACCAGCAGUGCACCAGUGCACCCAGCAACUCUGUCAAAACCGAGACAGCUCCCUGCCCUCCUAAUGGCGUAAAGGAAUUAGUGAACUGCAACAACGGAACAGUCACGAUUACCUGGUCGACUGUCUCAGGUGCUUUAACGUACACGGCCACGCUGGAAGACGUGUACGGAGACAGUACCACGUGCUGCACUACGUCAAACACUAGCUGUGAUGUCACACAUCUGCCAUGCGGCGAAAUUUACAUCGUGCACGUCACGGCUGAGGGACGAACCUGCAACAGCUCAGAGAGCGAACAGCUGAUGUUUAGGACAGUGCCAUGCGUUCCUGAGAAUCUCAAAGCCAGCCUGAGCUGCAGCAACAAUGUGGCUUCCAUGUCAUGGAGCUCUAUAAAGGAAGGACAGCUUUUCAGUGUAAAGGCAGUGGGUACUGACGGGCAUGUGGACGAGUGCAGGGUUCCUGACAAGCAGUGUGAACUGACCAAUCUGCACUGUGGACAAUACUACACAGCCACUGUGUCUGCAGAGGACAUGACGUGCAAGAGCAAACCGAGUGAGAAUGUGACGAUCAAGACAGUGCCGUGCACUCCAGCAAACGUCUCCUCCGUGGUCGACUGUCAGGCCAAUUCUCUCAUCGUUUCCUGGUCGAAAAGCUCAGGAGCCGAUUCCUACAUCGCCACACUGCACGACAGCACCAAUCAGGGCACAACAUGCCAGGCCACAACAGAGGGCUCCUGCAAUGUGACAGGACUCGGCUGUGGACAGAUCUACCAUGUUUCCGUAGUGUCUUCUGAUGGGUACUGCAACAGCCCGCCCACUCCUGUUGUUGACACACCGUCAGUCCCCUGUAAUGCAAUAAAUAUCAGGGCAUAUAUGGACUGUGCAAUUAAGGCAGCUGUGGUUUCAUGGUGGCCGAGUGAUGGAGCCUUGUCAUACAUCGCGAUGGCCACUACAAAGUCAGGUCACAACGUCACCUGUGAGACCAACAGGACCUCCUGUGACCUGACAGAGCUGCUCUGUGGACAGAGCUACUCUGUGUCUGUCAAAGCUAUAGGAAAGACCUGCAGCAGCAUCGCUAAAAUGACAGGACAGCUGGUCACUGAGCCUUGCAUCCCAAUCCAAAUCACCACCCAGUACAGCGUGACAAUCGGCCAGGUGCAGUGGGACAUAACCAAGGGUGCUAAUUACUACACAGUCACGGGGCAAACAGACCAGGGACUCACCACCUCCUGUGUUACCAAUGACACUUACUGUGCAUUGUACAACAUGAACUGUGGCCAAAUGUACAGCAUCGUUGUCACAGCAAACAACUUUGUGUGCCAAAAUGUGUCUGCCUCUACUGAACAAGUUUUAAUUGUGACAGAGCCGUGCCCGCCCAAUAACGUGCAGACAAACGUUAACUGUCAGAAUAACCAGGGGAUGGUCUCCUGGGAGACAAGUUUUGGUGCAGUAGGUUACGAGGCUCGCUUCGCUGGCCGUGACGGACACUCGCUGUCCUGUCAUACUAAUGCCACUUCCUGCAGCGUGGAAGGACUUCACUGCGGAGUCAUCUACCACACUAAUGUCAUUGCUAUUGGGGAGAAAGUCAAUAGCAGCAGGUCCAACACUGUCCUGCUGUAUUCAGCUCCCUGCGCAGUUGGAAAGUGCACAGCUAACCUGGACUGCUACAAUGACACAGCCACAGUCUCCUGGAGUCCAGUCAGUGGAGCAAACUCCUACAUGGUGACUGCUGUUUCAGCAGAUGGUUCCCGCGCUUCCUGUGAGAGUACUGAACAUCAGUGUAAUCUGACAGAGCUGGAGUGUGGACAGGUGUACAACGUCACUCUCGUAACCAUCGGCGACCACUGCCGGACUGAGAAAAGCACUAAUAUCUCCUUUAGCACACGCCCCUGUAAGCCGUCACGUGUGGGAGUGGAUCUACAGUGUGGGACAAGUACAGCCAACAUGUAUUGGGAGGAAAGCGCGGGAGUGGAGCUCUACAUGGCUACUGCCACCAACAUGGGAACAACACUGAAGUGCAACUCCACCAAUUCCACCUGUCAGUUCUCUAACUUGACCUGUGGGGACACCUAUAAACUCUCUGUCAUUGCAUACAGCAACAGGUGCUACAGUGAAAUCAGUAGCACUGUAGAGAUUCAGACAGAACCCUGUAAGCCAGAUGGUUUGAGGGUCCAUGGGUCAUGUAACAAUGAGACGGUGCUGCUGUACUGGUUUAAGGCUAAAGGAGCAUCGGCAUAUAUUGUGAAAGCGGACGGAAACCUGGGAUACAGCACGUCUUUAAAAACGAAUAACACAAUGAUAGAGACCAACCUGCCCUGUGGACAGCUGUUCACAUUCACUGUAAAAGCUCAAGAUGACUGGUGUGACAGUCCUACAAGCCGGCCUGAAAAAUACAUGACAACCCCCUGCGUCCCGGCACAUGUACAGAGCUUUACACGCUGUGAGCAGAGCCUGGGCUCAGUCAGCUGGGCCGCGAGCGAUGGCGCAGAGUCCUACAUGGCCAUUGCAACAGGACAGGAUCGCCACAUCCACACAUGCACCACAAACACCACCAUCUGCACCUGGAAUGAUCUACACUGUGGUGAAACGUACACAGUUUAUGUCGUUGCCAUGAACUACGUAUGCACCAGCAUGCCGAGCAACAGCACUUCAAUUCGGAUGGCACCAUGCAUACCUCAGAAUCUGACAUCAUCUCUUAAUUGCACUACAAAGGUGGGAUCACUGGCCUGGAAUGCCAGUGAAACUGCAGAGUUUUACAUCGUGACUGCAGAGAACAACAUUGGCCACAAAGUGCAGCUCAGUACCAAUGAUACCUGGACUUACAUUUCUGAGUUCCACUGUGGUCAGGAAUACUUCCUGUCUGUUCAGGCGGCAGAUUCAGUGUGCACAAGCCGCCCCAGCCCACCUUUAAGUCUUACAUCAGAGCCCUGUUCACCCACCGGUAUCUCCAGCUUCAUGAACUGCAUCUCCAACAUUGCUGUGGUGUCGUGGACUGGCUCGGCUGGUGCAGAGUACUACAUUGCCAAAGUUAGGACGGAAGAUGGACAGUCUUCGAGCUGCUGGUCUGACAGCGAGCAAUGUGCCAUGCCCAAUGUCCUCUGUGGACAGAACUACACAGUGACUGUGGUGGCCUCAAACAGGAAGUGUAACUCUGAUCCCAGUAAAGGUGACCCACUGCGAUCAGUUCCUUGUGUUCCGACUAAUGUGGAAGUGAAGAUGGUUUGCUCCAAAAAUCAGGCUGUUGUGUCCUGGAGUGCUAGCAAUGGGGCUCUUUCUUACAAAGUGACAGCACAGAACACAGUGGGGUCCAUGUCCAUCUGCCAGACUGCAGGCCCAAGGUGCACUUUGACCAAUCUGACGUGCGGACAUGACUAUUCUGUCCAGGUGGUGGCAGAGGAUGAAACCUGCUCAAGUCUGCCCAGCCCAGCUAUAACUUUCCAUUCAGUUCCCUGCACACCCAACAUUGGCACAGUGAUUCUGGACUGCUUCACCAACUCAGCCCUCUUGGACUGGGCCUACGCUGAGGGUGCCUUGUAUUACAAUGCAACAGCACACUCAUCCAGUGGCCAUGUUUCCACCUGCAGCUCCAACAUCACCAACUGUGAGCUGCCAGGCUUACAGUGUGGUCAGAUCUAUGACGUGAUCACUGUGGCCUCAAAUUAUGAGUGCAGCAGCCCUCCCAGCUCCACACUCCAGGUGGAAUCAGUGCCUUGUCCUCCCGAGGAUGUUGUGCAUGUACUGGAUUGCUCUACUAACACAGCUGUGGUGGAAUGGCAGGCCAGCAGAGGGGCGGACUACUACAUUGUCCAAGCCGCCGGCGUGGAAGAAGAUGAAACGAGUUGCGAGACAAUGUCACAGUCCUGCAUCCUCGCAGACCUCUUAUGUGGCUUCACCUACAACAUCAGCGUGAUUGCUGUUAAUGAUGUGUGCAAUGUGUCAAAGAGUGACACACAGCAGAUGCAAGCAGUGCCCUGCAUACCACAACUAGUGGAGGCCGGGGUUGUUUGUGAGUCUGGGGCUGUGGCAGUGUCUUGGGAGCCAAGUAAAGGAGCAUUAUCCUACACGGUAGUUGCCCAGGGCCGCGGUGGCUACGCUUCAGUUUGCAACAGCAACGACUCAACCUGCCUGCUCGGUGACGUGCUGUGCGGCCUCAACUACUCGAUCACUGUUACUGCUUCAGAUGACACAUGUAACAGCACUGAAAGCUCUGCUGUGGAGAUCAACACAGUGCCAUGUGUGCCUCAGAAAGUAAGAGCUGAGAUGGUGUGCAGGAAUGACACAGGAGUGGUAUCAUGGGAAGAAGGGGAGGGUGUGUCCAUCUACAAGGUCCAGGCUUUUGGACCUGAUGGUCACAAGUCAGAGUGCGACACAACUAAAAGCAGUUGCAAGCUACCCAACAUGCACUGUGGCCAGCUCUACAACCUGACAGUUACAGCUCAGGAUGGACGCUGUGAUAACAGCCGAGCCCACCUCAGCCUGCAGUCAGUGCCAUGUAAGCCAACCAGCGUGAAAGCUUCUUUACGAUGCCACUCAAACUCUGCUGCAGUGACAUGGGAGGGGGCCAGCGGAGCUCUCCUAUAUACUGCAGUGGGUGUUACAGCAGAUGGCCGUUACGGGGCUGAGUGUAACAACACUAUGACCUUCUGUGAUCUGAGUGAGCUGCAGUGUGGGCAGACCUACAAUGUUAGCGUGUUCAGCCAGGAUGAGUCCUGUUCCAGUUUGGAGGGCAACAAAGCUUACGUACGAACAGCGCCUUGUCCACCACAGAAUGUGGUUGUUGGUGCACAAUGCGGAGCAGGUUCCAUGGUUGUGUCCUGGUCCCCCAACCCUGAUGCCCAGUACUUCCACGUGGCUGCAGUGAGCAACACUGGGGCGAGACUCUACUGUAACUCUACUGGAAAUAGCUGCACUCUAAAUAAUCUACCCUGUGGACAGAGCUACAACAUCACUGUGCUGUCUAUAAGAAAUGGUUGCCAGAGCAAACCGAGCGCUGUGGUGGAGUCUUCUUCAGCUCCAUGCAUACCCAGGAACAUUAAGGGUAGUCUGGACUGCAUAUCAAACAGUGCCUGGGUGACGUGGGACGACUCGAUGGGAGCAACCAGUUACUUUGUGCUGGCCCGAGCAGCCAAUGGUCACAACUCCAGCUGCACUACCACCUCAUCUCCCUGUAAAGUCCAGGAUUUGAACUGUGGGACACUUUACACCUUUAAGCUCAAGGCUAUCAACAAGCACUGCAGCAGUAUUGACAAUGCCACCUUUGAGCUUGAGACAGGUCCUUGCACUCUAACAUCCAUCAGUGCAAUGAGCCAAUGCAACAGUGACACCAUCCUAGUUGAAUGGAAGGUGACUGCAGGGACGCCAGUCUAUGUGGUCACAGCUGAAGGUGAUGACAACUCUGUUGUUACCUGUAACAGUACCUCCACUUCAUGUGUACUCCAGAAUGUUCACUGCGGCAUGCACUACAGCGUCAUAGUAGCAACUUCCUCUGAUAAGUGCAGCAGCCUCAGAAGCCCUCCAAAGAAGAUCCAAACAGCACCUUGCGUCCCAGCCAAUGUAACAGUGGUGCCAUCGUGCAAGGACGCUGGGGCCAAAGUGAGAUGGGCGGACUCUCUGGUGCCCACAUCAUACCAGCUGAUAGCCACAACUCGAGAUGGACACGUGGCAACCUGCAACACCUCAGUGAACAACUGCUCUUUGGUUGAUCUUCACUGUGGUCAGCUGUACAAUUUAAGCAUCACUGCCAGAGGGGAGAACUGUACCAGCUAUCCCAGCAGUUCAUCCUUUAAAACAGUGCCCUGUGCGCCCUCUGAUAUCGCGGUGGAUAUUGACUGUCAGACCAACUCGGCUGCCAUGUCGUGGAACAAAAGCACGGGUGCUGUGGAGUAUUUUAGCUUUGCACAAUCCACGAAUGGAGUCGCCCUGUUCUGUAACAGCAGCAAUCCCUCCUGCACCUUCAAAGGGCUGGAGUGCGGUGGCGUUUACAAUUUCUCUGUGACAGCCUCUAACAGCAUCUGCAACAGCUCAUUCAGCUCACCUCUGCAGGCCGGAGCAGUCCCGUGCCCUCCUUCUCGUGUGAAUGUCCGUAUGCAGAGGAUAGACAGGUUAUACUGGGCCAUGAUAUCAUGGAGCAAAGUUACAUGUCCUGAUGUUGAUUAUUUGGCGGAAAUCAGCGGUCAGAUUGAAAACAACCCACAAGCCUUGAUGACUGUCUCUUCUUAUUGGCUACCCAGGCCAUACUUUGAAUUUCCAGUGCCUUGUAGCACUGCUUUUAACAUCACAGUGCGUGCCAAGAACUCAGCUGGUAUCGGCAAGCCAUCGAGUCCCAUUACUGCACUAACAGCCCCGUGUGCUCCACAGAGUGUGAUGUACACUGGCAACAGGCAGUCUGCUGUCCUGUUCUGGAAUGCUUCAGUGUUUGCUACCAGUUACACGGUCUACAACGUAUCGAGAGGAACCCGUGUAAAACUAUGCAACACCACCGAACUCUCCUGCCAGCUGACCGACUUCGAUCCUAAUGCAACUAUAGUGACAGCUAGCAAUGCUGUAGGGGAGAGCAAUCCCAGCCAAAACAUUACAGGUCCAGUGACAACUCGCAGAAGAAGAGACCUGGAAUUUGUUCAGUUCUAUGCCAGUUUAGAAGAGGAUCUUGAAAUCCCAGAGGUGCUGACAUUAAGAUUAAGUGGAGUUUCUUUGCAUGUGAGUUGGACGACAGUGACGGGUGCCACCGAGUACACACUUAUGAUUGAGGAGGAGCAGAUAGAGGGAAAAGCCAGCAAGCCGGCGAGAGUUCGAAGAGUGGAAGGUGACUCUUACACAGAGACUGAUCUCAAACCCCAGACCACCUACUGCGUCAGGGUGGCAGCCAAAAAUGCCAUCAACCAAAGCAGCUACUCCCAGUCCAAGUGCAGAAACACUGAUGCUCUAGUGGGCUCUUAGUGACACACACACACGUGCACGCAUACACACAAAUUCACUUAAAUAGACACUGGACUAAAAAGAAAUACUAUCAUAUGCCACUUUGUAGCGUCCAUAACACAACUCAUGCUGGUUUGAUCGUACACAUACUUUAGGAAGAUAAUUGUGAAAAGGAAGUAAUCACGCAUACAAAGUCAUGAUAAAAUUAUGUUUCUUAAAUGUCACAAAGAGAUGAUGAUCAAACCUAACAACCACUUAUAGAUUUAAAUGCUUCUGAAUUUUCUGUGGGAGUAGUUUGUAUAUUUGCAUAAAUGUAGCUCUGCUGAAAUUAUACAGUAUUUAUCAAAAACAUGCUUAUAUUUUUGGGGUAGGUUAUUCGAUUCUCUGCAUGAUUGAUGAAAAAUGUAGUGUAAACAAAUAAAAUGGUAAUUUAUAAAGCUAUAUUUGUAAAGCCAUGCAGUAUCUGAUCUUUUUGAUGUACCAUGUGACUUCUCAGAUUGUAAACACGCCGACAGAUGCUUUUGAACAAUCCCAGAAAUUAAAGAAUAAAAAAAAGGUUGAAAACACACAAAACAAA